UGUAGGCAGGUAUUGGGGGGUGGGGGUGGGGAAGGGACAGGGAAGUGCUUUGCUGGCCUCAAGACCACCACAUUAGAGGGGUUCUGGUGGGAGGCACCAGGUAACUCCAGAAAGCUCACAGUGAUAGAACAUCAAGAAACCAUCAACUUCCCUCACCCGUCCCGACAAUGUUUGCAUUGAACCGGAAGAGACUGCAGAAGCUUACGAACACCUUGAGUAAAACCAACAAGCAUUUUAACAGACAUGAAAUAGAGUGCCUCAUAAGAUUUUUUUAUACCUUGUUGGGAGAUGCAGCUGAGAAACCAGAUUGCAUAGGACUAGAUCGUAAUACAUUUCGAAACAUCCUGCAUACUACAUUUGGAAUGACUGAUGACAUGAUCAUGGACAGGGUAUUUCGAGCUUUUGACAGAGACAAUGAUGGCCAUGUGAGUGUAACAGAGUGGGUUACAGGAUUAUGCGUGUUUCUUCGAGGGAAUUUAGAAGAAAAAAUGAAAUAUUGUUUUGAAGCUUACGAUUUGAAUGGUGAUGGUUUCAUUUCACGAGAAGAAAUGUUUCAUAUGCUGAAAAACAGCCUUCUCAAGCAGCCAAGUGAAGAAGAUCCUGAUGAAGGAAUUAAAGAUUUAGUUGAUAUAACACUUAAGAAAAUGGAUUAUGACCAUGAUGGAAAGCUAUCCUUUGCAGAUUAUGAACAAGCUGUAAGAGAUGAAGGUCUUUUGUUGGAAGCAUUUGGUCCAUGUUUACCUGACCCAAAGGAGGAAUUCACUAAUGGGAGAAGAGAGUCACAAGGACAGAGGGAGAAGGCCACUGAAGUUCAGUGGCAAAGUCCACAAAUGAUACACAAGUAGCAUUAUCCUACAGAUAAAUGGAAAUGUGAGUCUGGUAGUUCUUUCUCUGGAUGUGGGGGCUUGUAGUCUUUUACAAAAAAAGAAGAAACCAGAGGGGAAGAAGCAGCUUCUUGAGAAAUUCACAAAGGAGUAGUCAAACUAUCAAUUAUAGGCAGGGGGGUUGGAGUGAAGGAGGAGUCGGUACUUCUGUGUCUCUGCUUGAAUCAGGAUAUAAAGCAGAAUACAAUAUCUUCCUCUUCUGAUGCACAAGGAUGCCUCGCAUUUUUAAGCUGAAUUUGAAGCUUUCAGUACUGAGUUUUUACAAUAAUACCAACUGGAUUAGACCUUGCCACUGUUGGUGUUCUGCAGAAGAGGGCAUUCUUCUUUUCAAUUGGCCUUUUAUGUUAUCCUCAGUCCAUCCUGCUCUCAGUAUGAUUGAAUGUUUGCCACCUUCUGCUCAGGAGUAAAGAAUGUAAUAAUUAAUUUUCAAUUACUCUUUUGUUCAUCACUACAUAUACCUGAGACAGAAACCAAAAAGAGACAAGGAAUUCAGCCUACUUUCAAGCUUUCCUGAUUCCAACACAUUAUACUCUUCAUUGCACCAACUAACUGCUUUGUUUUUAAUCCAAGGAUAUCUAGAGUCAUAACUUGUAAUAAUAUUGAUCAAUGUUCUUAAGUCUGUCAAAGUUACUUUUCUGUACAAUGUUACUUUAUGAAUGGUUUUCUUGGUUCUGAUCAUUUCAUUCUAUAUUAGUUCAUAUAAGUCCUUUAUGGUCUCUCUAAUUCCAUCUCUUUCCUCAUUUCUUUCUUACAGCACAAGUAGUAAUCCAUUACAUUUAUAAACCAUAAUUUGAUCUGUCAAUUGUCAGAGACUUCCUUAGUUAAAAUUUCUUACCUAUAUUAAAAAUAGUUGCUAUAAAUACAUUUGUACAUAUGGGGCCUUUUUCUCUUUGCUGUAUACAUCUAGUACUGAUAUCACUGAGUAAAAGGCAGUUUAUUGAUUUGGGGGGCAUUGUUCCAAUUUGCUCUCCAGAAUAGUUGGACCAGUUUCUGGUUCCACUAUUGGCAUGCCUGUCUUCCUGCAGCCCUUCCAAUGAUUGUCAUUAUCCAUUUCUGUCAUCACCCUUUGCAGACUGUUCUGAAAAUCUCCUAGACCUAAAAAGAAAAGGCAGUUGGACUGUAUAAAUAAUCAAGGCUACCACUUAUUUAUCAAUUUAUAAUCUAUAAGUAACAUGUAAAAUAUAUCUCAUAUCCUCCAUGAUUAAAUGCAUGUUUGCAUAUGUAUGUAUGUAUGUAUAUAUAUAUAUAUAUAUAUGUAUCUCAUUUGAUUCAGCACCUCUUUUUUUGAGGACUUGCCAGCAUUCCUUUUUAUUUAUUUUUUGUUAUACUGUAGGCUUAUUUAUUUUUAUUAUACAUAAUUUGGAAAUAUUGUAUUUUAAUUUAAUUUGGUGUACUCC